CAGAUGCCGCAGAUCUAGCUACUUACCUCCUCGUUGAGUCAUUUUGGUGUCCUCUAUUUUCUUUUUCCUCCUAACUUAUCCAUUUUGCUUUUUAUCUAUGUCUGGUCCGGUGGGGCUGUUGUUUUCGUUCUUGUUUGGUCUCAGAGAUGUGUUUGAUGUUUUAGUUAAACAAGGUAGCACCGGACUACUUGCUUAGGGUUUUUCUUUCUGUUACUCUAACUUAAAAUUGUACACUUUUGUAUCUCCAUUAUUCUUGUAAUGGAUUAUGGUCGAGAUGGAAACGUCGUUCAAAUAAUCACUGGCGGUGGAAAUGAAAACUGGUCCAGUGACCAGGCCGUUUGGGCAACGGAAGACGAUUAUCGAUUCUGGAACAACGGGGAUUCUGACACUCCCUCGGACUCGAAUUACGAUCAAAGGCAGUCCCAAUCACGAUCUGGGAGCGAACCCCCCAAUAAGAAAUCCAGGAAUUCUCAGGAUGUGUCUUCAUCGAAUCGGUCCAAAGCUAUAGGGAAAAUGUUCUUCAAGACAAAACUGUGUUGCAAAUUCCGGGCCGGUACAUGUCCUUACAUCACGAACUGCAAUUUCGCCCACAGUGUUGAAGAGCUUCGACGGCCACCUCCGAAUUGGCAAGAAAUUGUGGCUGCUCAUGAGGAGGAAAAAUCCAUAAUGUCGGAACCGAGGGAGGAGUUUCAAAUUCCGUCCAUUGGGUCGUCCGGGUUUGCUGGGGAGAUGCAGAGAGCGUAUAAAGGUCGCCAUUGCAAGAAGUUUUACACGGAAGAAGGAUGCCCAUAUGGAGAUAAUUGUACAUUUCUUCAUGACGAGCAAUCUAGGAAUCGUGAGAGUGUGGCUAUAAGUUUAGGCCCCGGUGGGUAUGGUGGUGCUGGGAGUGGCUCUAGUUCCAAGCCAUCAAAUUGGAAAACACGGAUUUGCAAUAAGUGGGAGAUGACUGGGUAUUGCCCAUUUGGAAAUAAAUGUCAUUUUGCUCAUGGUGCUGCAGAGUUGCACCGAUAUGGAGGGGGUCCUAUGGAGGGAGAAAAUAGGGACCCUGGAUCUGCUACUGCUCCUGACACGAAGCAGGGUGGGGUGCCUUCGAAAACGCCUGCUGAUAAUGUGGUUUCAGCAGUCACUCCUGUGGCUCAUCCUGAUGUCUAUCAUAUUGGAGUUCCUUCACAGAGAUCUUCCAUUGUGAUUCAGCGGCCAGGUCAGAGAGCUCAUCAGAAGUGGAAGGGUCCGGAUAAAAUCAGUAGGAUAUAUGGUGAUUGGAUUGAUGACUUGGAAUGAAUUCAGGAGUCCCAUUUUUGCUAUCGGAGGAAACGGCUGAUAAGGAUUUAUGGCCACGACGUGUAUCACCUAUAAACUGGAUAUGUAGUUUCCUUAGGCUGUGAUCUUAUCAUAUGAUGAUCAUGUAUCUCUGGUCUUCUCUUUGCGAAGAAAGCACAGGGGGGAAGGGAUGAGUUAUUUUAUGAUUUCCAUUCUCACCUUUUUUGUGUAUCACUUUAACCUAUCAGAUGAACUUUUCAUCCUACGAGAACAUUGUUUCAAUUCACUAAUAUAUGUUCCGUUUCUAAAUUUGAUC